GCACGUGAGGGUGUGUUCAGAUGGAGGUCUGUGGGUGUGACUUCGGAUCAGUGAACUGCGGCUCUUCCUAGUGGAGUUGCGAUCAGAGGCUCUUCACGGCUGGUUCAUCUGGAGCUGCGCAUCUGACCUCAGGUUCACUUUUAAAACUCCGCCAUUUUAAGUGUGAAGCUCGGGCGCAGUCAUGAGCAUGUACGGCUCGCAGCGCGGGCUCAGCAUGACGGGACGCCGCUCCGGGUCGCGCAGCGAGCUCAACGCCGCGGCCGCGUAUCCGUACGGUGAGAUGGUGGUGCAGCGGGGGAAUAAUGGCUUCACCCAGGAGUACGUGGAGGGAUACAACCAAACUUUCUCCAGAGGCUCUAUGAGCGCGGGGCAAGUGCCUACCAUGCCGUCUAUGCAGCAGCGGAUAUUGUUUCUACAGACUCAGUGUCAGGAUUACCUGGACAGGACAGCAGUGAUACUUAAGUCUGGUGGAGAUGCCAACGCUUUCAUUGAAGCUCAAAGUUGUCUGCAAUCCGCUGCUGAUAUCACUGACCAGCUCAGAAACUUUGCAGUGGAGCUGAACCAGCAGAACCUGCCGUCUGACGGUGUGGUGCGGAGUGUGAAUCUGUUUUCUGAGCAGAUAAGAGAUCUCAGCAUGGCUCUGAAUGCCCCUCCGCAGCAGAAGUGGGGCAGCAGGACGAUCCGGCGCACCAUGAGCCGUGAAGAACCCAACCGCUUCUUCACCGAAGCCAUGGCCUGGAUCCUGCAGCAGAGGCGGCUGAUCGAGACGUCGUCGUGGGGAGAUGAUUUGGCGGCCGUCGAGCAGCAGAUAACCAAUCACAGCGCGUUUCACAGCUCCAUCCAGAGAAGUGUGGAGGUGGAUCGAGCCCGAACGGAGCUGAUGCGAGGCAAAGAUCAAAACUCGGAUGCAAACAAAUCCUAUCUCAACAAACUAGAGCAAGAAUGGGACAGUCUUCAGAAAACCUCGUACCAGCGGAGCGUUCAGCUGCAGGACCUGCACAACAUCAUCCAGGAGAUUUCCAGUCAGAUCAUGUGGGUGAACGACCGCGAGGAGGAGGAGCUGGUGUUCGACUGGGGCGAUAAAAACAUAGACACGUACAUCCCACAGAAACAAGAGAGCUUCUCGAAACUCAUGAGCGAACUGGAGCAAAAGGAAAUUGAUCUGAACGUCCUGAAAGCGAAGGUGGACGGCCUGCUGAAGAACAACCACCCCGCAUCUGAUAAGAUCCAGGCCUACAUGGAGACGCUGCAGACGCAGUGGAGCUGGCUGCUACAGAUCACCAAAUGCAUCAACGUCCAUCUGAAGGAGAACGCACAAUACAGCCAGUUCUUCAAGGAGACGACUGAUAUGAACAGAAAACUGCAGAAAGAACACGAGGGCAUCCGCAAGAAGUUCUCCUGCGAUAAAUCCACCCUCCUGCCCAACCUGCUGGAGCUCUUACAGGGCCUGGAGAAAGAGCGCGAGCGUCUGAUGGAGCAGAGAGAGAUGGUGCAGCAGCUGGUGGUCAAAUCCAAGAGCAUUAUCAGACUGAAACCCAGAAACCCAGAGGAGAAGAUCACCGGUCAACAUAUACUCGUACAGGCGCUGUGUGACUUCAGACAGGACGAGAAGACGAUCCGUAAGGACGAUGAAGGGAUUCUGAAGGACAACUCGGAGCGAACCACAUGGCUGGUGACGGGACCUGGAGGGAUGGACAUGCAGGUGCCUUCGGUCUGUCUGUUAGUGCCGCCACCCAAUCCACUGGCCAUCAACCUGGCCAACAAGAAUUCCCAGUAUUAUGAGGCCAUUCUAAGCGUUUGGAAUCAGCUGUACAUCAACAUCAAGAGUAUGAUCUCCUGGCAGUACUGUCUUCUGGACAUCAACCGCAUCAAUUCACUCACCAUCAACAUGCUGGCCAAAAUGGGUCCAGAAGAGUCCCGCAGCAUCAUCCAGAGUUUGGAGAUGCACUUCCAGGAGUUCCAGAAGCACUGUCAGGGUUCAGAUCUGUUCGGGGCAGAAGACCAGAAGCACAUUGAGACCCAGUAUGCAGGAGCCCAGCAGCACUAUGGCAAACUGGUGGUGGCUCUGCCCACGUACGCCGCUCGAGGAGAGGGAUCCGAGUUCGCUGCGGCGGUGAGCGUCAAACUGCUGAACGAGCUCUACGCUCUCAGAUUCAAGCUGGACGAAGCCGAAUCUUCCCUCGUCACCUUCCUGUACAUCCCAUUAGGAGAGGGCGCACUCGAAGAGUGCAGCCGCCACAUCACCGGCACACAGGUGUUUCAGAAGGACAUACAGACUGUGAAGGGAGAGUUUCUGAGCCUGCGUGACAGCGUUCAGGCUGAACUCAAAGACGCCACGGACACUGAUAAAGCCAGAUACCUGCGGGCUCAGCUGGACAUCAUCAACCAGAGACUAGUUAACCUGGAUAAUUACUGUACCGCACAUCUCCAGAGGUUGAGUUUGGUGAAGUCCCUGCUGAAGGAUAUACUGAAAACUGAAGAUGUGGUGAAGGUUUAUGAAGCUCGACUGACAGAGAAAGAGACGGCGUCACUCGACCCCGAAGAGAUCCAGAAAUACCAGAAAGUGCUCCUGAGUAUGCUCAGCGAUUUGGAGCAGAAACAGGAUGUGCUGAAUUCACUGGUGGCUGAUGUAAAUAAAGUUCAGCAGUGUAACGAGCAGACGGAUCAGAGCCGGUACAGGUGUAUCAUCAACCUCUCCCAGUACGCUGAGCAUGUGAACCAGCUGUCAGACCGCUGGAAACGCAUCCAUUUACAGAUUAACAGCAGGUUCAAUGAUCUGGAAUCUUACCUGCCGCAGCUGCAGCGAUACCUGCAGUCUAGUUCUCAUCUCAGCGGUUGGAUCGACGAGACUCAACGACAGAUUGAUGCUCAGCAGUCCGUCAAGACCGAUGACGUCACAGUUUACUCCCAACUCCUCAACCAACAGAAGGCGUUAAACUCUGAUAUAAAGGCAAAGAGAGAGCUGUUGGAGACGGUGCAGAAAGACGGCAACACCUGCAUAAAUGCCAUCAAGAACUAUGAGCUUGAGUUAGCGUCUUACGGUGCUGGACUGGAAACUUUGCUUAACAUCCCCAUCAAGAGGACUGUGCUUCAGUCUCCAUCUUCCUCCAUUUCAGAAGAGGUCUCUUCUCUAAAUGCACAUUACUUAGAAUUGCUCACCCGUUCAAGUGAUUACUACAAACUUCUUAUGGCUUCCCAGAAGAACAUGGAAGAACUGAAGAUGCGAAAUACCAGGAUUGAGAUGCUCGAGGAGGAACUUCAGCAGUUGAGAGAUGCCAUUAAGGAUCACACUGCCACAAAUGCCUCUUUGCAGGAGGCUCUCCUUAAAUACCAGCAGGAGCUGAACGACUCGCAGACACACCUGCUUUCUCUGGAAGAGGUGAAGAGGACUGAGACUUUGAAGUGCAUGGCCACACAGGACAGCCUGGAGUCUUCUAAAAGCCAACUUCAAGAGCUUAUGGACGAAGUACGUCGCCUCAAACAGCAGUUGGAUGAUAUGGAGAGGAAGAAGAAGGUCGUGGAAGAGCGUUACACGUUUUUACAGGAAGAACAUGAUGAAACCAUGCGCAAGAAACUCAAAGAACUCGAGCAGGUCAGCUGGGCCAAGAUGGAGCUGGAGAAGACGGUGUCUGAAAGGACCCGAGAACUGGAGCGUCUGCGUAAGGAGUUGGAAGACGAGGCUCGCCGCGUCAAGGAGGCGCAGACGGAGCUGGCAAAGGUAAGGCAGGAGCACAGCAUACAGAUACGAGAGGUGAAACAGACCUACGAGUCUCAAAUCCUCGUUACUCAGACCAGCAUGCAGAAGCUUUCGCAGCAGAAGGAAAGUGAUUCUGCCUCCAUGCAGCUGGAGAUUGAAAGAUUAGAGGGAGAAUCUAGGGAGUUGAAGGAGCAGCUGCAAAGGCUUCGUCUCUCCCUCAGCCAGGAAGAGGUCCAGAGGAGACACUUGGAAGAGGAGGUACAGAGACUUAGUGCUGUAAAUACAGAGGAAGGCCGAAAGCGGCACGAGCUGGAAGCUCAAGUCCAGUUGAUUCUUAGUCAGAAGCGUGAAGCAGACAACAAAACAAAGGAGGUACAAGAGAGCUCUAGUCGGACACUGCAGGAGAAGAGUAGUGAGAUCAAUAGUCUCACACGCUGUCUUGACGAGGAGCGACGUCUGAAAAGAACUUUAGAGACUGAGAAAAGGCGACUGGAGGGGGAGUUGGCCGACCUCAAAACUAAGAACGAAGCCUCUAAUGUGGAAUUGGUGCAGCUUCGCUCUUCCCACCGUGAGUUGAGCCUCAUUCGGGUGGAGUUGGAGGCCCAUGCCCUUGAAAAGGGCCGGUCUGAACAGACUAUUACACGCCUACAAACCCGCAUUCAAGAGCUCCAGGAGGAGCUGAAGCGCCUGGAAAGUGAGUUGGAGAAACAGCGGCAAGUGGCAGAAGAGGAGGCCAGCAAGCGCAGGAGAUCAGAGUCGCAACUUGAAAAGAGUAGCCAGGCUAUGCGAGAGUACACCACUACAAUAACCACCCUGCGUAAGAGCCAGGAAGAGACCAGUCUUGAGGCAAAACACACGGACAAUGAAUGCAAGAAGCUGCAGGAGGCUCUAGAUCGCACCUUGAAGGAGCACAAAGCUUCUUCUCAGAGCCUGGCUGCCUUGAAAGCUGAGAUGAACACUCUGAAACUGCAGCUGACGCAGGAGCAGGGCCGCGUCAAAGACUCCAACCAGCGCUACGAGGCCCUUCAUCGUAGCAUGGAAGAGAAGACUUGUGCUUUGAACAUAAGCACUGCUGAAACUGAACGUCUGCAGAGGCUCACCGAAACUCUCACCAAAGAUCGCCUCCGUCUGGAGGAGGAGUUGCGCUGCGUGCGUCUAGAACACGAGGAGCUGCUCAAAGGCAAAAAACUCGGAGAUCGGGAUAUGACUGAGCAAAUCACAGCUUUGCAGAAACAGCUUGAGUCCAGUCAGCGUGCCGGUGCAGAGCAUGACAGGCUUAUGCGACAGCUCUCACGAGAGAGAGAAAAACUGCAACUGGAGAUAGAAAAUGUACAAAAACAAGCCAGAGAGACUUCCUCCGUGAUCCAGACGUCACAAUCUCAGUACAGCAAUCUGCAGCAAGAACGGGAUGGCCUCCUCAGGAAAAUGACAACGAUGGAACAGGAAUUGAUGCGCUUGAAAAGGCAGGAAGACGAGUUAGCCCGUAUCAAACUCUCACUGGAGUCAGAACUGCGUCUCAAAUCACAGCUGCAGGAGGAUAAUGAGAGGAUCAAGAAGGAUUUUAACCAAUGGAAGAGCAAAUGUGCCACUCACGAGGAGCAACUUCGACAGCACAUCUCAGAGCGCUCUGGCAUGGAGAGCCAAUUUAACUCUGUCAAGACCGAGAUGGAGAGGCUUAGGACGCAACUGAUGGAGGCUGAAGAACGCUACAGGCUGCUGUUGCAGAACUUGGAACGAGAAAGGGCACAGAUGCAGGCACUUCGAGACUCACAGCAGAAGGAGUUGCUGAGACUGCAGCAGAAACCAGACGCUGCUGCUAAAUACACUCAGACAGACCAAACCGACUCCUCCUCACUGGUCUUCGAAGGUGUCCGCAAGAAGGUCACGGCACAGCAGCUGCAUGACUGUGGUGUGAUUGACAAGUACACGUUUGAUCAGUUGAUGAAGGGCCAGCGGACUGUUCAGGAUGUAUCUGUUGACAUCAGGCUCAAUCUUAAAGGCACAGGAGCAAUUGCGGGGCUGGCAGCAGGACCUAAAGGCAAGAUGACCUUUACAGAGGCUAAGAAUCAAAACUUGAUUUCAGAUGAAAGUGGAAACAUGUUGCUGGAGGCUCAAGCUGCCACAGGGUACAUCAUAGAUCCCCAAGCUAACAUGAAGAUGACUGUUGAGGAGGCUUGUCUGAAUGGACUUGUGGAUGAAGCUGACAAGCAGCAGCUGUUGACUGCAGAGGCUGCCUGUGUUGGGUUCAGGGAUCCCAAAACUGCAAAACUCCUGUCAGCUAGUCAAGCCAUGAAAAAGGGUAUAAUCAGCCGGGAAACAGCUCUGCGUCUCCUGCAAGCACAAGAGGCGGCGGGAGGCAUCCUUGAUCCCAUCCUUAGUGUCUACCUCUCCAAAGAUACUGCCAUGGACCGUGACCUUGUUGAUGAGGAUCUUUAUCAAGCUCUAAACGCCAGACCAGAUUGCUACAUUGAUCCAGACACUGGUCUACGUGCUAGCUACGUUACCCUCAAGAAGCGAUGCAAGGCUGACCUCAGCACUGGCUUGCUCCUGCUUCCGGCUCCAGUGAAACCCAUGACUGUACAGGGACUGCGUGGCGAAGUUAACGUAACGGAUCUGGUGGAUGCAAAAUUGCUGGAACCUUCGGACGUGGAUCACCUGAGAGAGGGCAAGAUUACCAGCCAAGACAUUGAACACAGGCUUCGGGCUUAUCUCCGAGGGUCAACUUGCAUUGCUGGGAUUUAUGAUGAGGCCAACGACUGCACCUUGCCUAUCUACCAGGCCAUGAAGAAUGGGCUUCUGCGACCAGGCACUACCUUGGAGCUUCUGGAGGCCCAGGCCGCCUCAGGCUUCAUGAUUGAUCCUAUUAACAAUGAGUACUACACAGUCGAGGAGGCCUGUAAGAAAGGACUGGUGGGUGUGGAGUUCAAAGACAAGCUUCUGUCUGCCGAGAGAGCAGUAACUGGGUACAAAGACCCAGGCACCGACAAGAUGAUUUCCCUUUUUGAAGCUAUUGAACGGGGUCUCAUAGAGAAAGGUCAUGGCAUUCGCCUGCUUGAGGCUCAGAUUGCUAGCGGUGGCAUUAUUGACCCUAAACACAGUCAUCGAAUUGAUGUUGAUGUGGCGUACCAAAAAGGCUACUUUGGUGAAGAGAUGAACCAGAUUCUGAAAGAUGAAGGAGAUGACACAAAGGGUUUCUUCGACCCAAACACAGAGGACAAUUUAACCUACUUGGAGCUAAAGAGCCGCUGCAUCACAGAUAAGAAGACGGCGCUGGUGCUUCUGCCUCUUCAUGAUAAGAAAAAGAUGCAGCAGAAGAACUCCAAGAGGAAGAGACGGGUACUGAUAGUUGAUCCAGAGAGUAAUAAAGAAAUGACGGUGCGUGAAGCCUAUGAAAAGAAACUCAUAGACUACGAGACCUUUCUGGAAUUGUCUCAGCAAGAGUGCGAGUGGGAAGAAACAGUCAUCACUGCUGCCGAUGGCUCAACCAGUACAGCUAUAAUGGACAUGCAAACAGGCAUUCAGUACGACUUGAAAGACCUGCUUGUGAAGGGAGUGAUUAGCCAAGAUGUCCUUGAUAAAUAUCGUUCAGGAAGUGUCACCCUUACUGAGCUUGCAGAUAUUAUCACCAACAAGGCAAAGACCCUCAGCUCCUCCUCAUCAUCAUUCUCAUCCCAAAAGACCAUGAAAAGUCAGACAAUUAAAACUGAAACUCUUAAAGCAGUCGAGAGCAUCUCCACUCAGCAAGAUCCAUCCUCGGCAAACUCCACCAAGCAUAUUUCCAGCAUGUCAAUCAAACUGACCCCAUUAGUAGAAACAACUGAGGAACAGAAUCCAGUCGGAGCAAUUUUUGACACAGAGAAGCUGGAGAAGAUCAGCGUGUGUGAUGCUCUGAAGCGAGGAAUCCUCGAUUCCAUCACAGCACAACGACUCCUGGAGGCACAAGCUUGCACCGGUGGGGUUGUGAACCCUGAAAAUGGUCGCCGCAUGUCUAUUCAGGAAGCAACCCGCCUCGGUGUCUUGGAUGAUGAAAUGGCUAACAGGAUAAAACCUGCCCAGAAAGCCUAUAUUGGUUUUGAAGAUGUGAAAACCAAGCGUAAAAUGUCAGCCGCCGAGGCAGUCAAAGAAAAGUGGCUUCCGUAUGAGGCUGGUCAGCGCUUCCUUGAAUUCCAGUAUUUAACCGGCGGGCUGUUCGACCCAGAGCUUGGGAGCAGGCGUUCGCUUGAGGAAGCUUUGCAGCUAGGCUGGCUGGACAUGAGAGCGGCUCAGAGGCUCCAGGAUACACGUCACCACCCCAAGACCCUGACCUGCCCCAAGACCAAGCUAAGGAUAUCCUACAAGGAGGCUAUGGAAGGUUGCAUGAAUGAGGAGAACACAGGGGUCCGCAUGCUUCCCGCCGCCACGGUUUCAUCACGUGGAAUCAGCAGCCCCUACAACCUCUCCAAUCCAGGAUCCGCCUCAGGCUCUCGGAGCGGAUCCCGUAGGGGCAGCGUAGACUACACUUUAUCCCCUUCUUCAUCUUCCAGAUACAGCAGCUUUAGCUACAGCAGAACAUCUUUCAGCAGCAGAUCACUCUCCUAAACAAACAUUAUGUACUACGCAACAUUAUAUAAUGCAUCAAAGUAUUUUAAGAUAACAUCACGAGAAAAUUAGUAACAUUUUAAUAAUCAUUGAAAAUGUGAAUGGUGUUCCAAACAAAUCAGCAUUUUUUUUUUACCACCUUAUGCACGUUUGAAAAACCAAUAGCAUUUAAUGUUUCUUAAAUCUAUAUUAAAUGUAUUAAUCCAGAAAUAUACACGUUUAAUUUUGUCUGUUUACUCACAUUCUGGGUGUUUAUCUACUUCUGAAUUUUAUUAAACAGAUAUGAAAGUUGUUUAUAGCACUGGAUGGGUAAAGAUGUCUUUUCUGUUUUUGUUUUUACACUAAUACUGUUGAAUUGCUGUAUUUUUUUUUCUUCUUCUUGAAAGUUUCAGUGCCUUCACUUUUCCUUCACUGUACUAGCGUGAAUUACUCAGUGAAGUUAAUAACUUACAGUGUCUGACUUCUUUUCUUACAGUUUUAUUGCUCAAAUAAAGAAAGUCCUCAUAAAA